AUGUCAUCACUCCCUACAGUAGUGCUGGUACACGGGGCCUGGCACACCCCGGCCAAUUAUUCGGACUAUGUGAACGCCCUCCAAAAACAGGGAUUCCAAGUCCAUUGCCCCCGGCUGCCAACAAGCAGUAGCGCCCGACCACCAACAGCAUUCCACCCCGAAGACGUCGCCUGCGUCAGAGAACUAGUUAAAACGCUUAUUGACGAUGAUCAGCGUGUUCUCAUGAUCAUGCACUCGUACGGCGGCGCCGUCGGAUCCAGUGCCGUGGAGGGUCUAUCAUUCUCCGAACGGAAAGCAUCCGGUAAACCGGGCGGGGUUAUCCAUUUACUGUAUUUGUGUGCAUACAUUCUACCCACCGGGUACUCUGUUUGGAAUAUCGUGCAGGAAGCCAAGUUUGAACAGGUGUUGGAAGGGUAUAUGGAUACCACGACAGAUGGCUUGACGAUGCCCAAAGACCCGGGAUUUGCUCUUUUCAGCGGAAGAGUAGAUCAGGCUACUGUUGACAGAGCAGUGGAGAGUUUGGUGUGGUUCCCGGUGCAGGCUUUGAAGGAUCCGAUGACAGGAUGCGCUUGGAGAACUAUUCCUGCAACUUAUAUUCGCACAUUGCAGGAUUAUGGGGUUCCAGCUCUUUAUCAAGAUAUCAUGUUGGCAAAGGUUCAAGAGGAGGGGGUUAAUGUAAAAACUGAGGUUUUUGAUGCGGAUCAUAGUAUUUUUAUUACUAUGGAGAAGGAGAUGGUUCAGGCUGCGAUUAAUGCAGCUGCUGAUGAAAGAAACACGAUGUGA